AUUGCGACCUGACAAAAGUUUGCCCGAUAACUCGCCAUUGUGUACUGCGUUGGAAACGAAUAAAGUGAACGAAUUUCGGAGGGCGAUUUGGUGCCAUAGCAACCGGAGCAGCGAAAAUUGAGCAAAAGCAGCCAGCCCGUCGCCCCCACGGUGACCAAAUCGAGCAGUGAAAAUGAUGGAUAAAUAUAAGCCCAUUUUAGACCGUGUUUAGCCUGGUGGAGUCGUCCAGUGUGAGUCGUGCCGAACCCAAGAUAGAUGUGUCCGGCGUACAUGGUGAUGUUUUAAGUUCCACUCCACAACGGCAGCGACGAGAAAAACUGUCCAUCCUUCGCUGUGAAACCCGUGCGUUCCGGUUAAUGUAUGCUCGCGACCAGAGUGCUUAUGUGUAGCGCGUCUCCCUGGCAAUCAAAGUCGGCUUGCCCUGAACGGCUCGCCUUGGAGUGGAGCGAGUUUGUGGAACCGCGAAAUCGUUACUCGUAGAAAAGUGUCCACUUGUGCAUCGAUAAAACGACGUUCCGAAAAGAACAAGAAGCGCCUCCCGCCCAGCACAGAUGCGCUUUUAGCGGCUGCGGAAACUCGAACUAGUUUGCGUGUGCAUGUGGUUGUGUGCCCUUGUUUGUAUACUUCGUACGUGAUUUAAUAGCCAGUCACAGGAUCUGGCGCGGUCUGCUCCGUGAAAAGAAUUCCUUGAAGGUCAGUACAAGGAUUCCAGCCUAAAGCGUAUCUUGAGAAAGUGUAUGAAAUCGUUUAAACGCUCUCGAACAUAAUCGAUAAGCCGAGUUGCUUGUAAACAAGGUUGCUGCGAAUGGUUGCGUUGAGGAAACAAAGAAAGCGGUGAACCGAAGACUGUAAGAAGCGGAAUAAGGGGUCUCCGUGUGUACGAACGGUACACAGCCCGUAAAGUGCGUGAAGAAGAAGAGUCAGAGACUGUCAGAGUGUGCGUACUCAGUGCAGGUGUAUUUGUGUGAAGUGGCGUUGUGACGCAAACCCGAAAUACAGCGAUUUAUUACCGACGGCCGCGCUUCUAUCAGCCGAGUUUUGUGUUGUUUUCGUUGACCACGGCAAAGAGCGACGGACAGAACUUUCCCGGACACCGUUUGUUGUCUCCGUGUGCGUUUAUUGACCCGGUAACAAACCUGAAACAUAUCCCCACCAUCCCCCUUCGGUCGAGUGAGUGGAAUACGAAACAGGAACGCAGCAUUGACCGCAGCUAGCUGGCGGUAAACCGGCAAGGAAGGAAACUGCGUAUUUAUCUGUACUUAAAUGUGCCCGCAAGCAGUAGCCUUUACCUUUACCAGCAAACGCAUCAGCAGUAGCGGCAGCAGCAUCAGUAGCAUCAGCAGCGGCAACAACCACAUUUGCCGCCGCCAUCAGGUUGCGAGCACGAAGAUACUAAAGAAGAGACUCUGCAUACACCCAACCACCAUGUUCAGAAUCGCCUUGAAGAUCAGUAACGGACUGCUAAGAGAGAGAUCACCCAAGAUGGUCAAGUACUCGGGCCCCACGAACCGCAGCUGCUUUACGGUGAACCCGUUGCUGCACUAAGGUGCUGGAGUGCGUGGCCAUAAACUAUUUCUUGUUUCGUUCCACCACUCGCUGUUGAGCAUACAGAGUUCGAGGCAAACUCUGCUAGUACAUAAGUAACUAUACGAAGGCAUCGUUUAACAUUGGUUGGGUUAAAAGAAACAACAAGCUACGACAACAAGCGCAUAGCAUCAUCAAAGAAGGCGCGCGUGUGCGUUUCUAUCGAUCGAAAAGAUAUUGUUCCCAAUUGAGAGGCCACACAGCAGGCCACGGCCAAGUUUUUCACGAACCCAUCCCCACAAAUCAUCAACUAUGAAGCUCCUAGAGAGUACCCGCUUUGAGGCGGUCAACAAUGCGCUGCACAUCCAGACCGGCGACAGCACGAUCUACGGCCGGAUCGAGUCGUACUCGUGUAAGAUGGCCGGCAACGACAAGGCGCUGUACAAGCGGUUCACAUCGGAGCAGGCCCCGACCGAUUUGCAGGCCCUGUCGCCUCCGCAAACCCUUCAGGAUCUGUCCCCGCAGAUCCUUCGCAGCAGCCUGUCCGGCGACGAAGGCGUCACACUGUGCGACACUAUUUCGCGCAAGACGCUCUUCUAUCUGAUCGCGACGCUGAAUGCCGCUUUCGAGCCGGACUACGAUUUUAGCGAUGCGAAGAGUCACGAGUUCAGCAAGGAACCGUCCCUCCAGUGGGUGCUGAACUCGAUCGAGGGCAACCUUGCGCCGGUGGCUGGCGAGCAGUACAGCAAGAUCCGCCACGCCCUGUGGACAACGAUCGAGGACGAAAUUUCACUGAAGGAUUGUGACAUCUAUAGCUACAAUCCGGAUCUGAACUCGGACCCAUUCGGCGAACCUGGCUGCCUGUGGUCGUUCAAUUAUUUUUUCUACAACAAAAAGCUGAAGCGCAUCGUUUUCUUCACGUGCCGUGCCAUUAACUCGGUGUACGCGGACUCUGGAUUCACGAGCGACUUUGCUAUGGAAGAUGAAGAGUGCUACUAAAGGAUGACAACAGUUCCGUAAAGCAACGUUAUCUUUCUUAGGAACGGCCACGGAAUGACGCCGGAAUCCCGAAUCCAGCAGGACGAUAACAUGAUAAUAAGAUUGGCGCUGGAGAUCCGAAUGGCCGUUCCUCUGUUGGAUGCGGACUCACUUUCGGACGAUCGAAAAUCGACAUACGCACAUUAGACCGUUUAUCAUUAUUAUUUUUUUUUCAAUUACUUCACAAUCGUACAGAACAACCGCGCUCGUUCGCGAUUUCAUAAUCAGACUAAUUACGUUGGUAUGUUCUUUGCACUUUUUGUGUUCUUUUAGUAAGGCUAAGGGGUUUGUUUUCACCCUGAACAAAAGACAACAGUGAGAAGCGCGAUCGGUUUGGGUCGGCUUUUCGGUCUUUUGACGACAGACAGAGACAUGCGUUUGUCUUUGGUGUGCUUAUUUUUUCUUCAUUUCAUAUUACACAUUCAUUGAUACGUUUAACUAUUUAUCUUAAUCCAUUAAACACACGAAUUGGAACGAAUCCAUAAAGAGAGCAGAUUGACGAACAAUAUUUCUUCGAUCGAAGAAUCAGAUGAAAUGCUAGCUGUGAAGCUGUGAAGCUUGUGAAGCUUGUGCGUUAGCAAACAUUGUGCCGUGCCCGCACCACAUCACGAGGGCAGCACAACGCUACGCGCGUAAAGUACCGUAAAACCCAGGAAACCAACCAAGAAUAAGACACCGCACCGUUACGUGAGGGCAGGUGAGAGCUGCGGCGUGAGAACUGGCGUAACGGUGAGUGCGCGAUGCUGGCAAUGCGUAGCCAACUGGAGAGCUUGGAAGAGUCUCGUAGUCUUAUUAAGUAGAGUAGAAACAAUGGUGAAGAUGACGGUAAAUCGCACGCAAAUGAUGGUUAAUAGGUGCUGAGAGAAGAGUUAGCUGAUAUAUCGAGAAUGGCACGCCUGCCAAAAAGGCCAGACAAUUCGAUGUCUAUACAAGUGCAGUCGAUCGCGGGAUAUCAUAUGAUAGUGGAAGCAAUCACACAGCUAACACACAGAGACAUAGCUGCAGGGGUAACAGGCAAAAAAAGCCGGUUAACAAAUAGUAAAGCUUCGGCUUCAACUUAAUCCGCUUAGUACGUUAGAGAACAGGCUCUUCCAAGACUACGAACGGGCGGUGGCUUUCGAUCAAAAGCGAUGGCCCCCAAACGUCACCGUGGUCCCAGUUGGUGAAAUUGCCCCUGUUUCUGUUUGUCAGCGAUGCGCGCCGUUUUUGACCCAUCAACUCGUGGGCACUGUGCCAGCACGCACACGGCGACCACAUUAUGAGGAGCGACGCAUAAUAUCAACUGUUAACUGGUUGUGCGCCUCGCUGACAAGCAGCGGACAGUGACCUGGUACACUGAGAGAGAUAGGGCGGUUCCCGGAACAUUUCCGGGGCGGUUAUCCACGCAGCAAGCCAAACUUCAUUCUGGUUUGACCGGUAGUCCACUCCAAGCGCCGCGCACCAUGAUCUACUAGCGCCGCCCAAAAACGUGGCAACCGAUCGCGACUAUAACCGCCCACCACCCUGCGGUCCUGUGUCCGGUGGUGGGACCGCACGUGAGAACUAUUUCACUGACUGUACCCCCGUUUUGUGAUAUUAGGCAUGUAAGUUUUAUCUUUGAAGCGGCGUCCAAUUCUCAAACGAUCCGCGUAACGAUUCAUCCGCAAACUCGAUCCCAUGGCCAGUUGACCGUGUUAUACCUUUGCUAUUUCAAUUCAUUUAAGAAGCAUACAUCUAACAUGAACCCCCCUCUUUCUGAGUGCAUCAAACCCGUAGUCCUUCUGUAGUGGCGCAACUUUGCUUCACUUGAAGGAACUGAAAACGUUGAAGUCUUUCCGAAACGAUCGGACGCGUUUUGGUGGUGUCUCGUGCGUGUUUAACCCAUUUCCUGCAUGCUUGCUGGAGGCAAUUGAGUUGCAAACAUAACGAGGUGUGACAACAGGGGGCCCGGCGGUUCUUCCUCCGAAACGCCGCGGUCGGUCGCUUGCCCAAUCUUAUCUUUAACAACAACGUGAUGAGCAAAAAUCGUCGUGAUCUUCAUUAAAUGCUAAAGUACAAAUUACACGAAAUGUGAUAAGUAGCUUUAGAAAACAACAUACACACGCAUACGCGCCGUCGUAGGGUGAUAUACGGACAGCAACACACCUCCUUAGGACUUGGCACGCUAGGGGACGGAUAACGAUCGUACGAUCUUCUUGCUAUGCUCGCGUGUUAAGAGAGAUUCUCAUGAUCUCACGAUGGAAACAAGAAUCACAACAACCCAGCAGAGGAUGCUGUGGGUUAGCAUGGAGAACGCUGUGCCCUGUUUCGAGACACUUGCCGGGUACGUAAUCACGAAUGGGACACCUUUGUAUUUGUAAACAAAGUUGGGAAGACGAACAAAGUCAACCAGGAAAUGGGGCACCCCGAUGAAGCGUCUAAAAGAUUCGCUAGGUCCGAUCGGGUGUCAACGAUUCAAGAACGCUUCUCGCCCUGUCAAUGACACCACCGCGCAUACUUUGAUCUGAUCGCACGAGAGACACCCUUCUGAAUUGAUUUGGCAUGUUGAUUCUCUUUAAUUCUGUGCUCUGGAAACGGCAUUAGCAACGCAACACUUAACAAAUGGGCAAUCGCGGUGAAUCGUUCAAAACAAAUUAAAUAGCAUAGCCAGCACAGAAGCAAGUGCAGUAGUGGUUAAACAAGCGUAAUACUUGAAUGUAUUUAUCACGCGCAUGAAACGUGAUCAAAUUAUUAAACCUUCAGCAAUUAAUCUUUGAACAGUUCGUUUAGCAGCACGAGCGAGGGGUGGGCACUUUGAAUGCCGCCCAUCGAGUAAAAAAAUGUCAGAUCGCACCAGCCCCUUAAAAUAUGGGGCGGUUAAGCUUGGCAAACAAACACGUGUUGCAUUACAUUAUCACUAUUUUAAAUUCUAGAAAAUGUGAAAUGAACUCUAACUUUUAAGGGGCUUUAAGGGGAAGUAAAAGUAAAACGAAUGAAAAUGUAAAAAAAACAAUAAAAAGUAAG